GGGGUUUGAUGACGUUUCAGGACACAGUCAGGGCUGAGAGAGAUAAACAACUUGGCGAUCAAAACAAUCUCCGAAGAACGAGCAACAAAGCUGGAGCAUUUCUGAAUAACAGCCACACCAGAAGGAAGAAGAUUUUAUCCCCUCAGACUGACACAGGCUUAAAGAUGAUUGGGAAGAUUCUCUCUCACCUGCUUGGGAACUCAGGCGAUGACUUUGAGGUUGAUGACAACACCUUUAAUGAACUAAUGGAGUUUGAGGAGGGAGGAUGGGUCAUUGUUAACCUCCCAGAGACCAGCGCGCUCUCAGCCCCUGAGGCGGAUCCUCUGGAGAACCUGCUGAUUGAGCAUCCCAGCAUGUCUGUCUACCAGAUGAGGAGCAGGAUGAGUGGAGCAGAGGAGGAGGAAGGCUCUGAUGGAGAUGAAGAGGACAACUCCAGGCCUGUGGCGGUGAGGCGGCACAUCUCCUGGUGUCUGGCUGCCUGGGGGGUUCCUCUGCCCUGCAACAUCCAGCUGCUGGCCGUCCAGAGAUCCAGGGCUCAGCACGAGCGCAGGAAGCUGAGCCGCAGCGCCCUCCACAGGCAGAACCUGGCUAAGACACGAUUCUCUCCUUCAGAGAAACACUACGGCCACUUCAAACAGCCCUGCCAGCGCCUCUACAACUACUGAACAGAUAUGAUGGAUGUGCUUAUGAGAGGGUGCUUCUCUCAUCAUAACUCAGUGUGCAGCACAGUGCCUUGACUCUCCGUCACUCAGGUUUCCACCACUGUUUCAAAUAUUUGUUAAAUCUUAGUAAAUCCAUGCAGGUGCUCAAACAUGUGCCAAAUGAACCACAGCUAUAGAGGCUUUUAUUGUCCGCUCAAUGGGCUGUUACUCUCAUGAUAUGUUUGGUCCCAUCAGUGGGGUGAUAUUAGUAACACACAGUUAUGUUCAUAUAAACCAUCAUACCUUUAUUAAACCAGAACAGUUGAUUUGUUUGAUUUCUUGAGUUGUUUUUAAAAGAGCUUUUAGGGAGUUGGAGUUGUGUAAAAAGUUAUUGCGAUGAUGUUACUGUCACAGUGGGUCAUCAAUUUAAUAUAGAGUGUCAUAUUUUGGCACUUUGAGGGGUAAUUUUUUUGAUGUAUUCAGAAUGUAUUUUAUUGUGUUUGUGUGUGUGUGUUAGCUUUGGAUGUUAUUUCAAGAAGUGUAUCCAGUGUUCAUUUCAUACCAUGUUGUAAUAUUCAUGAUGGCGAGAACAAAAUACUGAAUGUGAAUUUCCUCAGAUUGUUUCUGUUAUUGCUAAGUGACUCCAGAGGAACGAUUACCAAACCACUGCUCAUGUUUUUUUAAACUGAGGUUACCCUUUUGUACUUUUCAGCGGGUACUCAUCAUUUUCAUGUCACACAGAUUUUUCUUUGCAGACUCCUGAGUGUAAAUAAGGUUGAGUGUAAUGGUUUUCUAUAUGUGGGUAUUUAUAAAAUGUAAAAAAAAAAAGUGCAAAUAAAUCUUGUUUUCUUAAA